AUGGAUCGCCCUGUCAAGCACCGUUUCAGCAUGGCCACCUUGCGUGGCACGCAGCAACCCGAACUAUGCCGGAGACUCUACAAGCUUAUCAAAGCCGAGAACCAUGCCAUCGGCUCCUAUGAGAAUGCAGGACGAGACCGCGUCUCCAUCGCCUCGCAGCUAUCUGACUGGGGCGAAUCCACAGGCGAUCUCGCCGUUUCUGACAUAGCUGACAAGAUGGGCGUGCUACUUGCGGAAAUGGGUGAGCAGGAAGAUCUGUACGCGCAGAAUUUGGAGGACUACCGGAAUGUGCUGAAGCAGAUUCGCAAUACGGAGGCUUCCGUGCAGCCUUCCAGGGACUAUAAAACGCGUGUUGUGGACGAUAUCCAAAAGCUGAAGUUGAAGGAUCCAAAUAACCCCAAGCUGGUGACCUUGGAACAGGAGCUGGUGAGGGCAGAGGCACAGAUGUUGGUGGCUGAGGCCCAGUUGACGAAUAUUACCCGUCAAAAGCUCAAGGAAGCAUUUGACAUCCAUCUCGCCGCUACCAUCGAAAGGGCAGAGAAGCAAAUCAUUCUCGCCCGCCAUGGUCGUCGUCUUCUCAAUAUUCUAGAUGACACCCCGCUCGUUCCCGGAGAUACCCGGAGUGCCUAUGAACAAAUGGAUCAGGCUCGCCAGGUCCUUAAUGAUGCCGAGCAGGAUCUACGAGGCUGGGAGCCCAGUCUCGAGCCAAUCCACUCUGCCGCAGCGAAUAUGGGAACAAAUUUAAUGCCUGUUAGCCACGUUAACGGCGAUGAAGAGGAAGAAUCUUCUUCUUAUCACAAGGACGCCCCUCCUUCGUCUUCGAUGGCUCAGCCCGUCCCCGCGUAG